GAGUACAUAAUUAUCUAAGGUUAAAAUUAUUGUUGUGGUUUUAUGCACAGAGAAUUGAUACCACCUGUCUCGUAGCUGUUAUUGUUAUCAGUAUACUUUGUAUUAGAUAUGCCUCAUAUACAUUUAAUAUUUUAUUUUAUUUGUUUUUAAAUGUAAACAAUAUUCUUUUGUGUUUUACGAGGUCAUACUAGUACAUAUCGUCUAUAUAAUAAUAGUUGCGGUACGAAGGCGACCAUUAGCACCACCGGUGUUGUAUUGUCCACGUGCAAUUACAGUACUUGUAUGAGAAAAGCUGCUCCGCAUAAAUAUGGAGGCUAUCGGGGGAAUAUCAGCGAUUAUUAAGAAUGACACCCACUUUCUCAUAGAAUACGAAACUGGUGAAGCUGCAAGACUUUACAUACUUAACAGCCAUGUCUUCAAAUAUUACAUGUCACCUUCUGGCAAUUUUCUAGACUAUCCAGUACCGAACAAUCCCAGCGACCACGCUAAAAUAAACAUUAAGAAAAUAACUGAUUAUGAAACGAAAUCGUUUGAAUAUUCAGUACUAGAAACUACAGACGAAUACUACGCGGUGUAUACAAACAAAAUUAUGAUACGGUUCGAUAAAGAACUAGGUACCAUGAUCGUUCGCGAUAUGAGGAAUAACAAAGAGGUAUUGAAAGAAUCGGCCCCUCUAUCUCAUGACAGUAAUGCAACCAAACAAACAUUACAUCAACAUAAAGACGAGUACUACUUCGGAGGAGGAAUGCAGAACGGAAGGUUUACGCACAAAGGGGAAAAAAUAGAAAUAUGCAAUUCAAAUAAUUGGGUAGACGGAGGAGUAACGUCGCCGAAUCCAUUCUACUGGUCUACUUACGGCUAUGGAAUUUUGAGAAAUACUUGGCGGCCAGGCGUCUAUGACUUUGGAUCGAAAGAUCCCCGUAUUAUCGAAACUACUCAUCAAGGGGAAGAUUUUGACGCAUUCUUUUUCAUAAACAGUACUCCUAAAGAUAUCUUGAAAGACUAUUAUGAAUUGACGGGCCACCCGAUCUUUAUGCCCGAAUAUGCGUUUUAUGAAGCUCAUCUUAAUGCAUUCAAUCGAGACUACUGGGUAAAAGUAGAUAAAGACACACCAGGAGCGAUUUUGUAUGAAGACGGUCUUUAUUACAAAUGCUUUCAACCAAAAGAAAUGAAUGGAAAGGAUGGCAUAUUAGAAUCUUUAAAUGGGGAAAAAAGUAAUUAUCAAUUCUCUGCGAGAGCCAUGAUCGGUAGAUAUCAAAGACACGAUAUGCCAUUAGGCUGGUUCGUUCCAAACGAUGGUUACGGUUGCGGCUAUGGUCAAACAGACUCUUUAGAAGGCGAUAUUGAAAAUUUGAAACAGUUUGCUGACUAUGCAAGAGGAAAGGGCGUCGAAUGUGCGCUUUGGACAGAAUCUAAUUUAGAACCAGCGAAUCCAAACCAACCCAAGAAAGGAGAACGAGAUUUAAAGAAAGAAGUAGCUGUCGCUGGUGUCAUAGCUCUUAAAUGUGACGUGGCUUGGAUUGGAGCCGGCUAUUCUUUUGGACUGAAUGCAGUUGAGAACGCUGCCAUGCUAUUUUCUAAGGCCGCAAAACAUACCACUCGAAAAAUGAUCAUUACUGUUGACGGAUGGGCUGGGACGCAAAGACACGCAGGUAUAUGGAGUGGAGACCAAAGCGGUGGCCAGUGGGAAUACAUACGUUUCCACAUACCGACUUAUAUUGGUUCUGGUCUCUCUGGAAUACCCGUCGUCGGUUCUGAUAUGGAUGGUAUUUACGGAGGACACGGAAAGUUCGUUAACGUAAGAGACUACCAGUGGAAAACUUUUACACCUCUACAACUUAAUAUGGACGGCUGGGGAAAAGUACAAAAGACUCCUUUUAGUUUCGAUGAAGAAGCGAAACGGAUUAAUAGAGCUUAUUUGAAAUUAAAAUCUAUGAUGAUGCCUUACAACUAUACGAUAGCUCAUGAAUCCAUACACGGAUUACCUAUGAUACGGGCUAUGUUCCUAGAAUUCCCCGACGAAGUUAUCGGUUAUACAAAGGAUUCUCAAUAUCAGUACAUGUGGGGACCCAACAUUUUAGUUGCGCCGGUAUACAAAGAAAAAGCUGCUGAUGUUGAUUGGGUGCGUAACGGAGUAUACUUGCCGGAUUCAGAUCAGGUUUGGAUUGACUUUUUAACAGGAGAAAAGUUCCAAGGUGGCAAAAUAUGGAACUAUUUAAACACACCACUUUGGCGGAUGCCUGUUUUUAUAAAAGAUGGUGCUAUUAUUCCCAUGGCUUAUCCAAAUAACAACCCUAAGGAAAUAAGAAGAGACAUUAGGAUCUACAAUAUUUAUCCAAAUAGUGAAUCUAACUUCUCAGUUUAUGAAGACGAUGGAAUUUCAUCUGAAUAUUCAGAUGGGCAACACGCUUCAACGAACAUCACCGUCAUUGGUCCCCAAUCCAAUGAACCCGGUAAUCUGCUGAUACAUAUCCAUAAAACUGUUGGUGAAUACCAUAAUAUGGUUAAAGAGAGAUCAACUCUUCUGAGAAUAAUGGCAUCGAAAACUGUAGAACACUUGAAAGUGGCUGUUAAUGACGAAUCCGUCCAAAUAAUACGAGCUAAAACUGAGGAAGAAUUCAAUUUAGCAGACAACGCAUAUUAUUUCCAAGAAGACUUUUUGCUAAACCCUUAUCUCAAUAGUUUCGGUGGCGACAUACUAGAACAAAAGUUUUUACUUAUCAAAGUGCAUAAGGUGGAUGUUACUACAAGCGAUUUGCACGUAAAAAUCAAGGGCUUUGAGAACAAAGAUCAAGUAAAUGGAAGUAAUGCAAAUGUUAACCAUGCAUUAGAAGUUCCGGCUGGUUUUACUGCUCGAGAUGAUGAAGUAACGCCAACGUCUGUGACCUUACGCUGGGAGGCAACCAAAGGCGUUUACUAUGAAUUGGAAAGAGACGGUGUACUUUUCACCAACAUUUUAAAUCCGCAAUUUACAUUCGAAGGGUUCGCCUUUAAUUCGGAACAUACAUUUAGGAUACGGUCCGCAAACUCAGGAGGCGUUUCAAAGUGGAGUUACUACAUAUUAAUUUCCACAAAAGAGGACCCUCAAAAAUAUGCAAUAAAAAACGUUAAAGUGGUUUGCAAUAUUCCUUGCGAGCCAAGUCAAGAAGUAUGCAAACUGACUGACGGAGAUGCAAGCUCUAUCUGGCACACACGUUGGGCAAAACCAGAUCAGGCUAAUCCACAAAAAGGAAAAGUAAUUAGCCUCAACUUUGAUUUGGACGGUAUUUUUGAAAUUGAUAGGUUAGAAUAUACGCCGCGUGAAGAUGCGGGUAAUGGCACAAUCUUACAAAUUCAGUACAGGUACUCUACUGACGGAAAAGUUUGGAGCUCAAUGUCGACCAAAAUUAACUGGGAACAUGACGAGACUGUGAAGAACAUUCCGAUGCAAGGAAUUAAAAUGAGAUUUAUAGAACUUAAUAUUUUAGAUACUAUUGGAGGGUUUGGUUCCGGCAAACAUAUACUGUUUUAUAAAAAAGAUUGAUAAUUUUAAAAUGUGAUACCGCUUUCCAAAUUUUUAUUGGUGUAGGUAGUGUGUAUAUAUUACGUACCUACAAGUAUUUGAAGCAUUUUUAAGUAUUUUACGAGAUUGUUUUUGAUAUUACGAGGGCCUAUGAAUUAUUAUUCGCGUAGGUAAUAGUCAAUUAUUUAUUGUAAGCACAGCACUAUUUGAUCUAAAACGCGAUAGAGCUAAAAGAAGUUCGCAGUCGCAAAACGUAGUGCAUAUUUUUUAUUUUAUUGUGAUAUUUAAUGGAAAUUUUAUUUACAGUAAUAAAAUAUUUAUGCAGAUGC